AACUGUUGACGGCGUUGACGCGUGUCCAGCUAUUGAAGCGUCUCAAUCGAAAUUAAAUAAUUACAAUUUAUUACCGAAAUAAAUAAGCAUGUCCGGGCACAAUGUUAACGUGUGUGAUAUAGGAGACGACGUAAAGGAAAAACUGAAGAAGUUUCGCUUCUCGAAACACAAUGAAAAUUGUGCUUUAAUAUUGAAGGUAAACAGAGAAAAGCAGAUGCUGGAGGUGGACGAGGAGCUGGAGAGUGUGGAGCUAGAGGAGCUGCAAGAUAUAUUGCCGUCUCACCAGCCACGCUUCAUCGUGUACAGCUACAAGAUGGAACAUGAAGAUGGCCGCACGUCGUUUCCGAUGUGCUUCAUAUUCUACACUCCACGGGACGCACACAUGGAGCUACAGGUGAUGUACGCGGGAACCCAACGCGCGCUAGCGGCCGCCGUCGGCGCACCGCGGCUCCUCGAAGUGAGGGAGAUAGACGAACUCACCGCUGAUUGGCUGAAGGAAAAGCUUUCCAGGUAGACGUGCCGGACUACAUCACCGUGGUAUACUCUGUUAACUGGCGAUUCUUACGCGCGACCACGACAACCAUAGGUUGGAGCGAGACACAGCGAUCGGACCUUUCGUUGGUUGCCUUAGCCGAAGCCAGUCGCGCAAUGUCGUGGCCAGGCCGUUAGGGCCAUCCCACACUAGCGUUUAGGUAGUUAUACUCGUAACAUUUAUUGGUUAACCUACCAAAUACAAAACCGCCUGGAUCACUCAUUGACCUGACUUUAACCUACAUUAUUUGAUCGUGUAAUGUUUUCAUCUACCCUCAACUGGCUUAAGGAGCCAUUGGAGGGUAGAUUUUGUUUACUUUUAUUUAAAUACCUAAAGAUACAGAGUAUAGUCAACUCUAUGGCUGCUGCUCGACGCAGCGUUGGCGCAACUGCGCAGCGACGCCAUUUUCCAUAGCGCUGACUAGACGCCGACGCCCAAAAGACGCUAGUGUGGGGUGGCCCUUAUAACUUAUUUCAAAGGUAUAGGGUACAUCGACGGUUAGUUAAGAGUAACACGAAAUUAGCCGCCGCCAUACAUAUUACGGUCGCAUAUUAAAACGACAUUCGACAACAUGAAAUGAUGAACAUUCAAGUAAGAUAUAUCUAUGUCUGGUAGGGUGACUGCUAUAGUUAUUGGUAGAUGCACCGGAUAUUCGGUUACUAUCCGGUAUCCGGCCAUUAUUUUAACAUCCGGCCGGAUACCGGAUAGUAACAUUGCUUGAUUUCGGAGUAAACAAAAUUGGAAUAAGAAACAGUCACGGUCAUAAUCGUACUCGUUUAUUAUUUUAAAACAAUAAACAUUCCACUCACUUCCACGCGUACUCAUUUCGAACCUAGAAAUGAGUCCGCACGAACGUUCACUACGAAACAGGUCGAAACCUGCACAAUGCGCACCUGAUAAACCGAAAUGUAGGUAUAGUUCCGCCGGCCGAAUACUCGGCGGCCGGAUACCGAAUAUUCGGCCGAUGGUCAGGCAGAAUAUCCGGUAUCCGGCUAAACAACUAUCCGUUGCAUCUCUAGUUAUUGGCCACUCCAUAAUAAGGCAGAAAGAAACAACGCAAUAUAACUCUUAUUGUUAAGGCCUCAUUCGCACGAGCGCUUUUACAACGCACGUUAAAAAAGCGUUUGAAUGACACAUGGAUACAAACAUGUGUACCUAUUUAUUCACACGACGGCGGUGGAGCUUUUUAUCAAGCGUUGUUGGAUUUUCGACUUUAAGCCUUGGUCGUUAAAUCGAAUUUAGCGUGCGGACUAAUUCAAGCGCUUUUAUAAGGCGCGUUGAAAAAGCGCUCGUGAUGGGACCUUAAGAGUGGCUAAUUACUAUGAAGGGGCCAAUAACUACCUAUAUAGCAGUCACCCUAGGGGCUAUUCAUA